AUGGAGCCGUCGGACGCGCAGUACAAGGCGAUCGAGACGCCCCGCGACGUCCACCGCAGCGUGCUCGUCGAGGCCCAUGGCGACGCCGACGACGACGCCCAUACGAACAGUCGCAGCCGGCCCGCGCUCGGGGCCGCACCCGAGAAGAGCAGCGCCAAGCCCGUGCGCUUCCGAGGACGCCUUGUGAUAUGGCCCGGCCUCGUCCUCCUCGCCGUUAUCCUCGUCGCGGGCGUCGCCUUGAUGACGACGUAUGGGUCGAAAGCUCGGGACGCGAUGCUGACCCGUCGCAAUACGUACCAAGAAGCACUGCGCCGGCGCCGCGUCAUUGGCGGCCUUCGAGGCGACAGCGGCAGCGGCUCCGAUGAGCUGCUGGUGAGCCCCGACGGUGUCGUAGGGAAUCCGAGCGUGUACCCCAAAACCGAAUGCGCAUUGCCCAACUACGUGAGCAAACAAGGCAAGCUCUUUGCCGAAGGACCCAACGGCGAGAGUGUGCAGAUGGCCAUCAAAGGCAUCAACUGGUUUGGCAUGGAAACCUCUCUCGCCGUGCCCUUCGGUCUCUGGACGAACGAUCAGAACGGCACGACCGUGUAUGAGGUUGCCCUUUUCCUCGCCAAGCACAAGAUCAACAGCAUUCGGCUCCCGCUGUGCGUCUCGAGCAUCCUCGCCAACACGCCGCCGCUUAAAAGCGUCGUCAACCAGAACCUCAACCGCGCGCUCGAUGUCACGUCGUACUUUUCGACGAUCGACACGCUGACGAAAGCACUCGCGUACCGCAACAUUACCGUCCUUCUCGAUAUUCAUACGCUGACGCCGACAGUCACUGGUGGCUGGCCGUGGAGCGAUGGCACGCCGUACACGCAAGCCGACUUCCUCCUCGCGGUCGACAAGCUCACCAAAGCCUUUUGCAGCAACGCGUUCUGGAACAUCAUUGGCGUCGACCUCAAGAACGAGCCGCACCUCUCGACGUGGGGCGACGACUCGGCCGUGGACUUUCGCCUCAUGGCGCAGAUCAUCGGCAACCGCGUCCUCAAAGGCUGCCCCAACUGGCUCGUCUUUGUCGAAGGGAUCUCGAGUGCGCAAACCCUCACGAUUGGUCGCGACACGUUCUCCUUCUUUGACUGGUGGGGCGGCGGCCUCGAAGGCGCGGGCGCGGCCCCCGUGCAGCUCGACGUCCCCUCAAAGCUUGUCUACACGCCGCACUACUACACGCCGGCCGUGUACCCGCAACUGUACUUUCUCGCAAGCGGCACACGCGCCGGAAACGUCAUCACCAACUACGUCGAGCUCGACGACGCGACGCUCUUGAGCCGCGUGAUGGCGACGACCAACCACAUGUUUGGCUUCCUCGCCGGCACGCAAGACGCCGUGCUCAUUCCCGGCGAGUUUGGCGGCCUUUACUCACAGGAUUUGCACCCGAAAAAGACCACGCAGCGCGUGACAGACUACAUGAUCGAAGUGCUCCGGCAGCCGGGCUAUGCGGGCGGGUACGUCUGGGCCAUCAACCCCGAGAGCGCGUACCAGUUCAACCCCUCGGACAAGGAAGUGACGGCCACCGAAGGCCUCCUCGAGACCAAUUGGCUCGACGUCAACGAGCCCUUCUUGCAGGCCAUGAAGGCCAUGGACUCGCUCCCGCACGUCCAGCCGUUCCCUUGCUUUCCCAUCAAGACGUAGCUUAUGUAUUUUAUCAUGUCAUUUAUGCAUUCCUCGG